UCCUUGAAACGCAAAGAAAAUGCAUCUCGAAGAUUAAGAUACACACAACAAUCCGUAAGUGCGUCAGAAUUUUCAGAACCUGCGGUUCGCUAGAACUCUCGAAAUAAGCAAUUAAAUGUUUGUGUACACCUGAAUGCUAUCGCGCAGUAGAUAGCCCCUGAACAUAGCGAAACAUAGUGAUCGCAACCGAUCCGUCCAGUAUUCAAUAUGUUGUCAGGUCUGCGAAAUACCUCGGAGGCUGUUGCAGUUCUGGCUUCCCUGGGACUCGGUCUGGUUUUGCUCAUCUUCGUGGCGACGACGCCGACAUCCGUGGAGGCCACCCAGUCGGGGAUUUACAUAGACAAUGGCAAGGAUCAGACGAUCAUGCACCGGGUGCUGAGCGAGGACGACAAGUUGGACGUGUCCUAUGAGAUCCUCGAGUUCCUGGGCAUCGCCGAGCGUCCUGCCCAUCUGAGCAGCCACCCGUUAUCAAUGCGGAAGUCGGCUCCAAAGUUCCUGCUCGAUGUGUAUCAUCGUAUCACGGCUGAGGAGGGCCUGAGCAACGAUCACGACCACGAGGACGAUGACGACGAUUCCUACGAACGUGGCCAUCGGUCCAGGAGAAGUGCCGAUUUCGGGGAGGAGGAGGAUGAGGGCGUUGCCGGCGAGCAGAAGAACUUUAUCACCGAUCUGGACAAGCGAGCCAUCGAUGAGAGCGACAUCAUUAUGACCUUCCUGAACAAGCGCCACCACAAUGUGGACGAACUGCGUCACGAGCACGGCCGCCGUCUGUGGUUCGACGUUUCCAAGGUGCCGAACGACAAUUACCUGGUGAUGGCCGAGCUGCGCAUCUACCAGAACUCCAACGAGGGCAAGUGGCUGACAGCAAACAGGGAGUUUACCAUCACGGUCUAUGCCAUUGGAAACGGGCCGAAGGGCCAGCAAACCAUGGAGCCGUUGUCCUCGGUGAACACCACGGGAGACUAUGUCGGAUGGCUGGAACUCAACGUGACCGAGGGUCUGCAUGAGUGGCUGGUCAAGUCGAAGGAAAACCACGGGAUCUACAUUGGAGCACAUGCCGUAAACCGACCAGAUCGGGAGGUCAAGCUGGACGACAUCGGGCUGAUUCACCGCAAGGUGGACGACGAGUUCCAGCCAUUCAUGAUCGGCUUCUUCCGGGGACCGGAGCUGAUCAAGGCGACGGCCCACAGCAGUCACCACAGGAGCAAGCGUAGUGCCAGCCAUCCGCGCAAGCGCAAGAAGUCGGUGUCGCCCAACAACGUUCCCCUCCUGGAACCGAUGGAGAACACGCGCAGCUGCCAGAUGCAGACCCUAUACAUAGACUUCAAGGAUCUGGGCUGGCACGACUGGAUCAUCGCUCCGGAGGGCUAUGGCGCAUUCUACUGCAGCGGCGAGUGCAAUUUCCCGCUCAACGCGCACAUGAACGCCACAAACCACGCGAUCGUCCAGACUCUGGUACACCUGCUGGAACCCAAGAAGGUGCCUAAACCCUGCUGUGCUCCGACCAGGUUGGGAGCUCUCCCCGUUCUGUACCAUCUGAACGACGAGAAUGUAAACCUGAAAAAGUAUAGAAACAUGAUUGUGAAAUCCUGCGGGUGCCAUUGAAUUCAAUUUACCACUUAGUAAUUAAGCAAUUUAAAGCAUUUCUGUGUAGAUGUCCAUCUCUGUACUAAUCUCGAAUAUUUUUUAUAGAAAUAUACAGCGUUGUACCUAACUGAAA